GCCGUCAAUGCCGUGUGCGGGCGGGCGGCGCUGCCUGGGCUGCCCCGGCCCCCCUCCCCCGGCACAGGGCUGGCGGGCCGCACUUGUCACCGUGUCACAUCCUCCCCGCCGCCUGCCGACCCGGCUCACCCUCCCCAGCUCGGCCGCCGCCCGGGGCCGCCGCGGCGGCAUGGGAUAGAGCCGGGCACAGCCGCCCCCGCUGCUCGUUUCACACUGACCUCCCCGCGGUUUAAAUCCCUCCUCCGCGUGUCCCCCCCGCCGCCUCUUCGCCUCCCCCGCGCCCCCUCUCUCCGCCGAGCCCCCGCUCCCCCGGGCGCCUCCCUCGCCGGUCCUCGCCGCGGAGCCCCCGGAGCGGAUAGCGCCUGGUGCAGAGCGCUUCCCUCCUUCCCCCAAGUCUUCGCGCGCUCGAACAUCUCCGUUUGGCCUCAUUUUUGUGCUUCGGUGGUAUCUGCACAGCCCAUACUAGCAGCGAGGAUUCCACGGACGGGGGCCGCCGCCUCCCUCGGCUCCCAGAUAUAUGUUGGGGAAAGGAGGAAAGCGGAAGUUUGACGAGCAUGAAGAUGGGUUGGAAGGCAAAGUGGUGUCUCCCACUGACGGUCCCUCUAAGGUGUCUUACACCUUACAGCGUCAGACUAUCUUCAACAUUUCCCUUAUGAAACUUUAUAACCACAGGCCAUUAACCGAGCCAAGCUUGCAAAAGACAGUUUUAAUUAACAACAUGUUGAGGCGAAUCCAGGAAGAACUCAAACAAGAAGGCAGCUUGAGGCCCAUGUUUGUGGCCGCUUCGCAGCCUGCCGACCCUCUCAGCGACAACUUCCGCGAGGCGCAGCCGGCGUUCAGCCACCUGGCCUCGCCGCCCCUGCUCCCCGCCGACUUCGUAAGCACUAUGCCCCUGGAGUCCUGCCUCACCCCAGCCUCUUUGCUCGAGGACGACACUUUUUGCACUUCCCCGGCUGUCCAGCACGAUGGUCCGACGAAGCCACCACCUCCUGCUCUCCAACCAGUAAAGGACAGCUUCUCCUCAGCCUUGGACGAAAUCGAGGAGCUUUGUCCAGCACCUACCUCCGCAGAGGCAGUAGCAGCCGAAUCAGCAGCCGACGACUCUAAAGCCCAGCCCAGCGAGUCCAACAUUCACAAGCCCGAGGGCCUCCCGGAGAGCAGAACGGCUGAAUCCAAACUCAUGGACCCCCUGCCUGGCAACUUUGAGAUAACAGCUUCCACAGGUUUCCUCACAGACUUGACCCUGGAUGACAUUCUGUUCGCUGACAUUGAUACGUCCAUGUAUGAUUUUGACCCCUGCACGUCUGCCACAGGGGCUGCCUCAAAAAUGGCUCCUGUCUCAGCAGAUGAGCUCCUAAAAACUCUUGCUCCGUACAGCAGUCAACCAGUAACUCCAAAUCAGCCUUUCAAAAUGGAUCUCACAGAACUGGAUCACAUCAUGGAGGUGCUUGUUGGGUCUUAAAAUAGUAGAAAAUAUAGCAACUUUUUUUUCUGUUAGGUUUUUUUUUGGUUGGUUUUUUUUUUUUUUUAAUUUUAAGUACCAGUAUAUACACUUGGUAGUAUUUCCAUAGUCCCUCCCAGCCCCGAUUCACAGCACUGUGCAUGCAUCCUUGCUUGCCUUUUUUGAAAAGAAAAGGAUCACACUAGUUUUUGCUUCGAGCAGAGUUGGAGUGCCUUCAUCCAUGUAUGACCACUUCUAAUGUAUUUUUUUUAAAGUGGUUCCUCAAGGAAGACCGAAUAUCCUGGUAUAGGAAAGAAUAUGUAUUGUAGACAAUGUUAUGUUAUUACAAAAAAAAAAAAAAAAGAAAAAAAAGGAAAAAAAAAGGUAAAAGCUAAGCACAAGGAUUAUGUUGGGGAAAGCUGUAAAUUGCAUGUGCAUACUUGUCUAUUUUUUCUAUAAGUUUUAUUGCAAGAGGUAAAAAAUUUUAUUAUUUAGAUAAUCUCAAUACCAUUUUAGCCCUGUAUAGGUUGACUUUAGCAAUUCAGCCUUUUGGAGGCAUUAACCUGCUCCUCUUUAAGUGUUGCAUUUACAUGGCUGUUUAGAAACUGCUGCCCAAAUUUAUUUUAUAUUUUUGUACAGAUUCUGCAGUUUAUGAUAUUGUUUUUUCUAAAAACAAAUGCUGUUUAUACACACAAAAAAAUAGCUAUUUUGAUAGGAUUUGCUCACAUAGUUCCUGCAUAAUUCAGAUGUACAAGAACCACUUGUACUUUUAUACAGAGUUGUAAUGUUUUAUAUGUGUAUGGUGCAAAGAGAAAAUUGGAUCAAAUAAGCCUGCAGUCGGUUUCCCUGAAUGCAAACAAAAAAAAAAGUGCUUUAAGAAAGGGCUGGGAGCUGCUUCUGUCGGAGUUUCACAAGUGUUUGCUCCCUGCUGUACCCACUGCGCACUACUGUGAUUCCUGAAACUUAGAGCCAUGUCCUUUUCCAACACGUAUGUGAAGCAGUUGGCAGGAAACAGUUGUGGAACUUCCCCCCCAGAGGUCCUGAGCGCUGCUGUGGCCGCAGCUCCCACCCCAGGGCCGGGUGCUGUCCCCAGGCCCGCAUCCCGCCUGACGUGGAGCCUUAACCCGGCGGAGAUCGGCACCUCCUCACCCGGAGCUCCUGGGAAUGGUGUGAGGGGGAGCGACUGUGCCCAGAGCCCACCGAGAGCCUCCCGUGGCACCUCCCUGACUGAUGGGCGCGGGCAGAGAGUGGGGCUGGGAGCGUCCGCUCGCCCUUUCUUGGAGCAUUUCUCCUUCCCUCUCCCACCUCACUGUGCUAAGUGCUGAAAAAGGCAACUUCAGUAUUACUGCAGUGAAGCUCAUCUCGUACCUGCACUGGAUGGACUCGCUUUAAUAUCCAUUGCUGUCGAAACUGGAGCCAGUCGUGUGACAUCACUUGGCAUCUCGUAUAGAGUUGGGUUCUUGUAUCAACUGUGUUACCUGCUUUACACUUUAUAGACCCAUUUUACAAGGAGUAUACAGACACAGCUUUCUAUGCAUGGUCCCCUCCCCCGUGACACCUGAGAAGUCUUCUUACUGCACCAAUAGCUUUUUUUUUUUCCUAAGUUCAUUGUGGUGUACAUUUAAUUUAAAAAGAAAAAAAUGUUUGCAAUGUAUCAUGCCUAUUGCUGAAGUUGCUGUGGCAUUUUAGUUUUCCAAUGGUACUUUAGUUGUCGAGUGCCGGUUACAACCUAUAUUGUUGACAUGCCUAUGGCUUCUUUAGGAAUAACUUUUAUAUUUAUUUAAGAAAUUUUAAAUUAUGUUUUAUGUCAUUUGGCAAUAUUCAGUCAGUUCUGCUCCCUUCUUGUCAUGGAUGAAAUUGGGUCUUGCCUGCCUUUUAAGGAGGCGGCUUUUUAUAAAUUGGCACUUUAAAACAGGCCAUAUAUAUUUAUUAGUAUAUAGAUAGACGUAACAUAGAUAUGCACACAGACACAGGAUGAGAGCAAAUACAUUUUUGCAAUGAAGGAACUCCUAAUCGAAAUGAAAUGCAUCAUGUACAGCUGCGAAAGGCGCUUCUGGCUCCCAAUUCAUCUGCCAGGGAGAGACAGGGCUGGAGGAGGAGGGGGGCACUGGCCCAGGGGGGUGGGUUUGCUUUCCUCUUUUUCCCAAGCUGUGAAGCACUGGGAUGCUGAUGGAUUUGCAGUCAUUACACAGACUAAAGAGAAAGGAAGUUAUUGCUUCAAACAGAAAACUAUUGACCAAGUGUAGCUUUAGGGACCAGGGAAAGGGAGGGUGGGGAGGAGGGGGCAGCUCCAGCUCCCACCCAGCCCUUGUUCCACAGCAAUCCUCGGCCCUUGCAGGAGAACCCACAGCCCUGCCUGACCCCGCACCUCGAGCACCUGGGAACACAUCCUGCACAAACCUGUAACAGCACCAGGCUCACACGGGAACAUGGUAGGCACUUGCCCCUUACCAUGGUCAAAAACUGAUUUGCAGGACACUGGAGCUGCCUGUUUUUUGGGAUUACUUAUGUAAUUACACAAAUACCACCUGCUAGGCAAAAGCUCCCAUCAGUGCCCUUUUCAGAGACCGGUGCUGUUAAGUGGGGUCAGUUGAAGCUUUUGUAUCCAGAGAGCAGGAGCCAAGCUCUAAAUCCACUUUGCCACUUGGGUGGUGUCCGUGGCUCCUUGGUGCUGAAGUGCAUGUCCUGUGGCAGAAUCCUUACAGGAAUCCCAUAGGACAAAACCAUACUUGACUUAUGGGACUCAGCAGAAGGUUGGGAAGGCUGGUGUUGGAAGGGCUGAGCUGUGGCUUUCCCCCUGCACAGUCACUGACUGUCUCUAGCUGGGCCUGUGCUGUGGUCCCAACAGCAGCCAUGCAUGGAAUUUCUCUGAGACCUACACCAGGGAUCGAGAUUGACAUUAACGUGCAAUGAAGUGACAAGAUGGGAGCAGAAUAAGAGAGCUUUGGAUUUGAAGUGAUUUUUUUUUUCAUAAAUUAUUUAUUCUUUUUUUUUUUUUCUUCUGUAAAUAUAUUUAUUUUAUUGUGAAGCUAACAACAUCUGGAUUGUAACAUGUACAGAAUGUAUGGUAGGAAUGUAUCCUCUUGUAGGAAUGUAAAUCUGUAUGAAAAAGGGUAUGGGAGCCAGAUUCAGAAAGAAUGAAUUGAGUUCCAGUCAGGAUAUGCAUGGAUCACAGGAUUAUUUUUUCCCUACACUCUUUUUCUAAUAUGGGUCUGGUUGUUUGAAAUAUGCAAAAAAAGGUAUGGAGGAGGGACAGGUUUAUGUUCAAAAUUAGUCCUAAUCAGGCUCCUAUCCCCACUGGCUUCUUGGCACGCUACUGGAAUCUGCCACCGAAGGCAGGAGCAAAUGCAAUCAUCUCCAUCAAGCUGGCCUGGGAAAGGUUUAGAAAAGAUUAUUUUUUUCCUUGUUUUUAAACACCCAUGGGAGGCCCAGCAGAAACCCCUGGGGCUGGAUGCCCAUAGAAGGGGGCAGGAUGUUCCCUCCGGCCCCAGGAGCUGUGCCAGAGCUGACAGCACGUCCCUGCGCGGCGGUAGGGCUGGGCACAAGCUCCCGACCGCCC